AUGGACCACAAAUCUAAUGCUCACGAUGACGAGAAGCAUGUCAAUCAGUCUCAAGUGUCCGAAAAGGAGAUAGCCGAUGAGGCUCGGAUCGCGACGACCAAGGAACACGGUCUGACCGUCCGACAAGGUCUCAAAGCUUACCGUAAAGCUAUAGGAUGGAGUAUACUCCUCUCUUCCGCUGUCAUCAUGGAAGGUUACGAUACAAUCCUGCUCCAUGGCAAGCUGCCGCUCACUGGUUACUUGGUCAAUAUGUAUGGCAACAAGAAGGUCAUGACCGGGGCUACCAUGAUGAUGAUUGCCUUUUUCAUUGCUUCUGGUGUCCUUGUCGGCGUUCAACCUCGAACUGACCAAUGGGGAUGGAGAAUCCCAUUCGCAAUUCAAUGGGUCUGGCCAAUUCCCAUCAUCUUUGUCUGCCUGUUCUGUCCAGAGUCACCCACUUGGUUGGUUGAGCACGAGCGAGAACUCGAAGCAGAGAAGGCUGUCAGUCGUCUACAAUCAUCCUCCUCAGCUCAUAACAUCCCUUCUCCUCGUGAGACUGUGGCUCUGUUAUCUCAGACAAACAUGAUCGAAAAGCGUCUUACGCUUGGUGCUGGUUAUCUUGAAUGUUUCCGGGGAACCAACCGUCGUCGUACCGAAAUCGCUGUCGGUACAUGGGUGACGCAGCAAAUGUGUGGACCCGUCCUGCAAACCUAUGCAAUCUACGCCAUCGCUUUUGUCGGUACUGUCUUAUCGUGGCCAAUGAUCAAUAUGUUUGGACGUCGAACUAUCUUCCUCGGGGGUCUUGCGGGGAUAUUUGUCUCCCUUCUCAUCGUUGGCUUCAUCAGCUGGGGACCAGCGUCAUCGACAUCGGUGUCAUGGGCCAUUGGCGCCUUCUUGCUCAUAUUCACUUUCAUUUACGACUCCACCGUUGGACCUUUAACCUACGUGAUUGUUCCCGAGGCUCCCUCCUCUAGGCUGCGCCACAAGACCAUUGUCAUUGCGCGUAAUAUGUACAACAUCACUUGUAUUUGGACCGGUGUCAUCACGCCGUAUAUGCUCAAUACAACUGCGUGGAACUGGGGGUGA